ACACUGUUUCCCCUAAAUGUCAAAUCAAAGUUCUCCAUAUGGUAAACAUAACCUUAUUUAUCGUCUGUUUUUAAAAGUGAUGUUUGAAAUAAUGUGCAAUUAUAAACAUGUAGGAUCAGGAGAAUAAAGGAAGCAACUUCAAAUAAACAAAUAGGAGUUCUGUAAUAAACAUAAAUUAUGGAGAAUAAGAUUCAGACACAGACUGACACCAAUUUGAGGGCUAUGCUAAAUAGCCCUGCAAGAUUCACCCCAGCUGUACCCACUCCAGAUUGGAAUUCUACUCCAAGUCAACCUGCCCCUAGCCAAACUACUCCGACAAGCGUACCUGCUACGGCACCGUCAAUAAAAACCAAUGCCUCCAUUAUGACCGUGGCGACUCCAGGAUCUGCCGUCGGAGAGCCGCACACGAACAUCACACUGCAGAACUGUGUCGCCACGGUGGACCUACAUACGAUAUUAGACCUGCAGACGAUCAAUGCUCGGACGAGGAAUACAGAAUACAACCCGCGCCGCUUCCACGGUGUUAUAAUGAGACUGAGAGAACCUAGAACCACUGCACUUAUAUUUAGAUCGGGAAAGAUAGUGUGCACGGGGGCAAGGAACGAACACGACGGCCUAUUAGCAUCGAAGAAAUUCGCUAGGAUCAUUCAAAAACUUGGAUUCAACGUGCAGUUUGCGAAUUUCAAGGUACAAAAUUUGGUCGCAACGUGUGAUUUAAGGUUCCCGAUUAAGCUGGAGAAUCUAAAUAUGAUGCACGGGCAGUUUAGUAGUUAUGAACCGGAGCUCUUCCCUGGGUUGGUAUACAGAAUGAUCAAACCGAGGCUGGUACUGCUUAUUUUUGUCAACGGGAAGAUCGUUUUUACCGGGGCGAAAUCCAGGCAAGACAUCAAAGACGCUUUGGAUAACAUCUACCCCAUCUUGAGGAGUUUUAGGAAGAACUAAUACUUAGCCAAUAAUAUUUGUUAUAUAUUUUUUAGUCAAGUCUUUAUAAGCUGUAAAUCUUAAGGCCUUUCCGACUAAUUCAAGCGCAACAUCUUUUAUACCGUUAUAUAUUUUUUAGUUCCUUUUUUAUGUCCAAUAAAGUGUUUUUAAUGUU